AAGUCAGAUAAGCUGCCCGUCUCUCCAUCUGUCAUGUGAAUCGAACACCGCGGCUUGUAAGCGUUAAGAGUGCAGACACCGUGGAACCUUCGGCCGGCAUCAUCCGUAUAUCACUCGUUCCUUUCUAUAUCUCAAUUCCGCCAAAGUGUUCGGACCCCUCCACAGUUCUAUUAUGGGCGCGUAGAAACCGCCGUCAUUCCUCCAGGGCAUUCACUUGUACCUACCAACACUCCCGCGUGGUCGACAUCUCCAGCGUGGGCUUGACGGCACCAUGGCACUCAAUCUGGAGAAACAGCUUCUUUUCUAUGGUGCUUACCAUCAUAAUCCAGUCAAUGUCGGAAUCCAUAUCACCUGCGUACCGGCGAUCUUGUUGACGGCCUUCCUCUUCGGCACCAACUCUCCCUCGAUUCCCCUACCACCUUACCUUUCUUCCGAAACCUUCCCCCUCAACGCCGGAACCGUCGCCGCCGUUCUAUACUCGGGCCUAUACAUCCUAAUGGAACCGGUCGCAGGAAGCCUCCUCGCUCCCCUGCUGCUAGGCGGCACCGCCUACGCCAACCACCUCACCAAAGCCUACGGCAUGACCGCGAACUACCUCGCCCUCGGCGUCCACGUCGUCUCCUGGCUCGCCCAGUUCGUCGGCCACGGCGCGUUCGAGGGCCGGGCGCCUGCGCUCCUCGACAACCUCGUGCAGGCGCUCUUCCUGGCGCCGUUCUUCGUGUGGUUCGAGAUCCUGUUCUUCUUCGGGUACCGGCCAGAGCUUAAGGCAAGGCUCGAGAAGGCGGUGGAGAAGGAGAUCAAGAAGUUUCGGGAGUCGAAGCAGGGGGGGAAGGCGGAGGGGGCGGCGAAUGGGACGAAGAACUGAGGCGAGCUGUUGAUAUGGUGGCUGGUGAGAGGAAGGACUUGAGUUGUGCAAGCGUGCGACACCUUUUGGCGGGGGUUAAGCGGUUGCUACAUUUCUAUUCCCUAUGGCUGAUUCUUCUUGGACUUCAUAGUACGAUUCCAAUGUAAAUGUAACUGCAAGCCUUUGAAGCGUGGCUCGGGUAGAGAGGGAUUCCAGGCACACGUGACGGGAGCGUGGGAGACUGGGCAUGCAGUGCCUUCAGGUUCAAUUUCCAAAUUUAACUAGCAACGAAGAUAUGAGAUUAUUUACUUUGUUUCAUUCGAAUGGAAGGAGUCCUGGA